CAUUAUGGCUGUAGCCACUUGCGUCUCGCAGCAGUGCUUGCUGUAUGCAUGGAGAGCAGCGAGCAACGGAAGUGAGUGUGUUGCUGCUGGUUGGUUUGGCGCCUGUGGAGGGAGUCAUUCCUGCAACGGCACUUCCGGUCGGCAUUUUGUUCUGCGAGAGGGAGAAAGAGCGAACGAGACAGUCUGAGUGGAUCCGUUUAUCACAGGCAGCCGCCUCAGAUUUUUUUUUACAUAAUAUUAACAAAACCUUCGAAAUUUACAAACAUGUCCACGUUCAAGGUAUGAAAAUCUAGAAGAGAUUUGCUAAACAAAUGUUUCCUUAGUAACCCCCGUUCGAGUCUACAUGUUUGCAGUGAGACGGAAGAGCGAACCCUCCCGACCCGGAUUAUUGUUGUUAUAUUAUUUCACAGAGCUGUGAGUGGGAGAGAGCGACGGACUCGGAUCGUUGACAGGCUUUUUGUUUUAUUUUAUUUUUUUCCAACAAAACAAACAUUCUGAGCGCUUGGGAGAUGUGAAGUAACGUUAGCUGGUGACGAGACUGAGCUAUCUGUGCAUAGACACGAUCACCGCACAACUUCAGGAUGAAUGGGGAUAUGCCUCAUGUUCCCAUCACCACUCUCGCUGGGAUCGCUAGCCUCACAGACUUAUUGAACCAGCUCCCUCUCCCGUCUCCUCUGCCUGCCACCACCACCAAGAGCCUGCUGUACAAUGGGAGGAUUGCAGAAGAGGUCAACUGUCUCCUGGCCUGUCGGGAUGAGAACCUGGUGUCCCAGCUCGCGCACAGCCUCAACCAGGUCUCCACGGACCACAUAGAGUUGAAGGAUAACCUUGGCAGUGAUGAUCCAGAGGGGGAUAUCCCAGUUCUGCUGCAGACCGUCUUGACCAGGAACCCCAAUGUUUUCAGGGAGAAAAGUAUGCAGAAUCGAUACGGGGUUCAGGGCGGUAUUAUGCAGCAGCCAAUGAUGCCACAAUACAAAAUGUCCCAGAAUUCCAUGCAUGGCAGCCCUGCAUCUUCAAACUACCAGCAAACCACUAUCUCACACAGUCCUUCCAGCCGGUUUGUACCACCACAGACGACAUCUGGAAACAGAUUUAUGCCUCAACAAAAUAGCCCUGUGCCCAGCCCUUACACCCCUCAAAGCCCUCCGGGAUAUAUGCAGUAUCCACACCCCCCAAGUUACACUCAGCACCAACAGAUACAGCAAGAAUUACAUGGCUCCCCUCUUGUAUCUGCACCUACAUAUUCAGGAAGCCCUCAGAGGCCAGUGCAGCCCUGUCUUAUAGUGCAGACUCAGCCCUCUCCACAGCAGAAUCCGUCUACCCCAGCAUUAGUUUCAGUAGCCAGCCCCAUGGUUGCUGGCAGCAUGAGGAACAUUCAUGAGAACAAGGUGUCUGGCCAGGUGUCAAGUAAUUCUGCUAAUCACCACGCAGAUAAUUCCAGGCAUGGGUCAAAUGAAGACUACCUACACAUGGUGCACAGACUAGGGAAUGAGGAAGCUGAUCCCUCCAUGAGAAAUGCUUCUUUCACUCUAAGAUCUCCCCAGUCUGUGUGCUCUCCCGCAGGCAGUGACGGAACUCCGAAAGGUUCCAGGCCACCCCUUAUCUUACAGUCUCCGCCUCCAUAUGCUUCGCCUAGAGAUGGCCCACCAGACAUCCUACUAGACUCUCCAGACAGAAAGAAAAAGCAGAAAAAAAUGAAAAUGAGCAAAGAAGAAAAAGAGCAGGCGGAUAAGGCUGCAAUGUACGACAUAAUUAGCUCUCCAUCUAAAGACUCGACAAAGCUUACGUUAAGACUUUCACGUGUGAAAUCAUCAGAAAUGGACCCACAGGAAGAUUUGCUUCCUGGCAUGGAAAUCGGUACUGAUCCUGAGGGUGACUUGGCAUAUAACAACAUGUCAUAUGUGGGCCAGCCCCCCAAACCGCCAGUAGCUCCCCAGGAUUUGCACCGGUCCCUCAAUGUUGCUGCACAGUGUCUGUCACAGAACGAGCAGGCCGCCUUACUGCAGGCACAGCAGGUGCCUGUUUUACAGCAGAACACUUCAGUGGUAUCGGCCAAACAGCCACAGCCUCCCACAUUGCAACACCAAGGUGCUCCUCCACAGCAGGGAGUCACGCAGCCUCUGUCAGUGACCCCCUACGAUGAGGUGGAAAUGGACGCUUUGGCAGAGAUCGAGAGGAUAGAGCGGGAGUCAGCCAUCGAGAGAGAGCGCUGUUCAAAAGAAGUGCAGGAUAAAGACAAACCUUUAAAGAAACGGAAACAAGACUCUUACCCACAGGAGCCUGGAGCAGGAGGCACUGCUGGUGCUACAGGUGCCAGUGUUGGAGGAGGGUGCAGUGCUGGAAACAAAGCUGCUCCUCAGGAGGCCAGCGCAGCAGGGAAUGGUUGUAGCCGACCAGCCCUGAUGGUGAGCAUCGACCUCCAGCAAGCAGGGCGGACUGACUCGCAGGGUCUCCCAGACCCCACUCUCCCAGACCCCACUCUCCCUGCUCCUCUAGAUGAUGGACAGAAACAGACUGAGGACCCCCGAGGGUUGUCCAUUGCUGCUGUUGCUGCUCCUGGGGAAGGUUCCAUCAGCACUCGACAAGAAGACACAGCUGGCGUCCUCAAGCCCAAACCUGAGAACCGUCCCGAGACUCCCAGGAGGAAGUCAGAUGGCGAGGUUCAGAAAGGAUCUGAUGGGCGGCCUGAGGUCAUUAAACACAGGCCUGAGACCCCCAAGCAGAAAGGAGGAGAAAGCAAACCUGAGACUCCUAAGCAUAAAGGUGAAAGCAGACCGGAGACCCCCAAGCAGAAAGGAGAGGGCCGACCGGAGACCCCCAAGCAGAAAGGAGAGGGCCGACCGGAGACCCCCAAACACAGACACGACAACAGACGGGACUCCUCUGCCAAACCUCCCAGUUCUGAGAAAAGGCCAGAGGUCUCCAAACAUAGACAUGAUGGCAAAACCGACUCUAUCAAGGUCGAAACCGGAGGACGGGGAUCAGAGACACCCAGGCAGAGGCCUGAUGGGCGUCCGGCCUCCUCUUCUACUUCAGAGAAUCCCAGACGUGACCAAGAUAGCCACAAGCAGAGAUCAGAUGACCGUGGUGAUGCUGAGAGGCACAGAGGAGACCCCUCCAGGAUAAGGCGGCCUGACACCCCAAAGUCCUCCAGCAGGGGCGAGUAUGACUCCAAACAUGGCAUCAAAUCGGAAGGCUCCCGGGACAGGGAGAGAGAUAGAGACAGAGAAAAGAAACAUAGGCCUGAAUCAGGCGAGUCCAGGGAGAGGCCCGAUAGCCCUCGGGUGAAACAAGAGCCCCGGGGGGACUCCAGCAGCAAAUCUCGGCCCGACAGACCUGGGUUCAAAUCCCCCAGCAGCAAGGAGGAACGGCGGUCAGAUGGGAGCAAAAAUAGACCAGAUGGCCACAAGCAGCAGCAGCAGCCUGACAGCAAGCCAGAUUUUCCCAGCUACCUGCUAGGGGGCAAGUCGGGGGCACUGAAAAACUUUGUAAUUCCCAAAAUCAAACGGGACAAGGAUGGUAAUGUCACUCAGGAUUUGAAAAGGACACAGUCAAGAGAAGAGAAUAAGGUAAAGGUAGAGAAGAUGAGCUUGGUGGAGGAUUUAAACAAAGGAUCUAAGCCAGUGGUUGUCCUGCAAAAAUUAACUUUUGAUGAGGUUCAGAAAUUCAUAAAGGAGAAGGAGGAUAGGAAUGCAAGGAGUUCGAGCAAAUCUGGCAAGAACAGACCGUCCUUAAAACCGGGUAAAGGUGGAAUAGACCAGUCUGUGUUGAAGGACUUGCCCCCUGAGCUGCUUGCAGAGAUCGAGUCUACCAUGCCUUUGUGUGAACGGGUAAAGAUGAACAAGCGAAAGCGUGCUACUGUCAAUGAGAAACCAAAAUAUGCCGAGGUCAGCUCUGAUGAUGAUAGUAACAGCGAAGAGGCCUUCGAGUCUGCUCGAAAGAAACACAAGAAAGAUCGGGAUAAGGCCUGGGAGAGUGAGGAGCUACGGGAGAGACGGGGCUCAGGCGACCACAGGAAGAGCAGUCAUUCACACGAGGGCAGGAGGAGCUCAGGCAGCCGCUACCGAGAACGCAGCCCUGAGGACUCGGAGAGCGACACUGCGCCUCCUAGUCUCAGUGACAUUGCCAAAAGGUUGAAGAAAAAAGAAAAACAGAAAAAGAGAAAAGCAUAUGAACCUAAACUUACACCUGAAGAAAUGAUGGAUUCAUCAACAUUUAAGAGGUUCACGGCCAGUGUUGAUAAUAUUUUGGAGAACUUGGAAGAUAUGGAUUUCACAGCUUUGGCGGAUGAUGAUGAAAUUCCGCAGGAGUUAUUGUUGGGCAAACACCAGCUCAAUGAACUGGGCAGCGAGUCUGCUAAAAUUAAAGCGAUGGGAAUUACAUGCAGGCUUCCUUCAGAAAAAUUGGUGAAAGUUUUAAAUAUUUUGGAGAAGAAUAUACAGGAUGGCGCAAAACUUUCUACGCUGAUCAACCAUGACAACGACACUGAGGAAGAGGAAAGGCUUUGGAGAGAUCUCAUAAUGGAGAGAGUAACAAAAUCCGCUGAUGCUUGUCUCACAGCUCUUAAUAUCAUGACUUCUACCCACAUGCCAAAAGCCGUGUAUAUCGAAGAUGUGAUAGAAAGGGUGCUCCAGUACACUAAAUUCCACUUGCAAAACACUCUGUAUCCUCAGUAUGAUCCUGUUUACAGGGUGGAUCAUGGAGGUGGUUUGUUGAGUUCCAAAGCGAAGCGGGCAAAGUGCUCAACCCACAAACAGCGGGCAAUAGUGAUGCUGUACAAUAAAGUGUGUGAUAUUGUAAGCAAUAUGUCAGAACUCCUGGAGAUACAGUUGCUCACUGAUACAACAAUCCUACAGGUUUCCUCAAUGGGAAUUACACCAUUUUUCGUAGAAGGCGUCAGUGAGCUGCAGUUGUGUGCCAUCAAGUUGGUGACUGCUGUGUUCUCACGCUAUGAGAAGCAUAGACAGUUAAUAUUGGAGGAGAUAUUCACAUCACUGGCAAGGCUGCCGACAAGUAAGCGAAGUCUGAGGAACUUCAGGCUGAAUAGCAGUGACACUGCCGGAGAGCCUAUGUAUAUACAGAUGGUAACUGCUCUAGUUCUUCAGCUUAUUCAAUGUGUGGUUCACCUGCCAUCAGACAAGGAUUCUAAUGCUGAUGAUGAGUAUGGUAAAAAGGUUGAUCAAGAUGUUCUAAUUACAAAUUCUUAUGAAACUGCAAUGAGGACAGCACAGAACUUUCUUUCAGUCUUUCUAAAAAAGUGUGGAAGCAAGCAGGGCGAAGAGGAUUACAGGCCGCUGUUUGAGAAUUUUGUGCAGGAUCUAUUAUCUACUGUGAACAAGCCAGAGUGGCCAGCUGCUGAGUUAUUGCUCAGUCUUCUGGGCAGGCUGCUGGUGCACCAGUUCAGUAACAAGCAAACAGAGAUGGCCCUGAGAGUGGCAUCCCUUGAUUAUCUUGGUACAGUUGCAGCAAGGCUCAGGAAGGAUGCUGUGACAAGUAAAAUGGAUCAGAGCACCAUAGAUCGCAUACUGAAAGAGUCACCGGGAACCGAUGAGAUACAGCAGUUACAGAAGGCCUUGCUAGAUUACCUGGAUGUAAAUGCAGAAACGGAUCCAUCUUUGGCUUUUUCCCGGAAGUUCUACAUUGCACAGUGGUUCCGGGACACUACAACUGAGACAGAAAAAGCAAUGAGGUCACAGAACCAAAAAGAUGAAGAUUCGUCCGAGGGGGCGCAUCAUGCAAGAGACAUAGAAACAACAGGAGAUAUCAUGCAAAAAGCAGAGGCUCGGAAGAAGUGUCUUCGAUCCAUCAUUAAAACUACACCAUCUAAGUUUAGCACGUUAAAAAUGAAUUCUGAUUCUGUGGACUAUGAGGAUUCUUGCCUGAUUGUCCGAUAUUUGGCCUCUAUGAGGCCGUUUGCACAGAGCUUCGAUAUUUAUUUAACACAGAUUCUUCGUGUUCUGGGAGAGAAUGCAAUUGCUGUUCGAACUAAAGCCAUGAAAUGUCUGUCUGAGGUUGUCGCUGUGGACCCUAGCAUUCUGGCCAGGCUCGACAUGCAGCGUGGCGUCCAUGGACGGUUAAUGGAUAACUCCACAAGUGUGCGAGAGGCAGCAGUGGAGUUACUUGGGCGAUUUGUGUUAAGUCGUCCACAGCUUACUGAGCAGUAUUAUGAUAUGCUGAUAGAGAGGAUACUGGACACCGGUAUCAGUGUAAGAAAGAGGGUGAUAAAGAUCCUUCGUGAUAUCUGCCUUGAACAGCCGACUUUUAGCAAAGUUACAGAGAUGUGUGUGAAAAUGAUUCGCAGAGUGAACGAUGAAGAAGGCAUUAAGAAACUAGUAAACGAAACAUUCCAGAAGCUUUGGUUUACUCCCACUCCCAGCCACGAUAAGGAUGCUAUGACCAGAAAAAUACUCAACAUUACAGAUGUGGUUGCUGCUUGCAAAGAUACUGGUUAUGACUGGUUUGAACAGCUUCUUCAGAAUUUGUUGAAGUCAGAGGAGGAUGCCUCUUACAAACCAGCAAAGAAAGCCUGUGUACAGCUUGUAGACAAUCUAGUGGAGCACAUCCUUAAGUACGAAGAAUCUCUAGCUGAUUCUGAAAACAAAGGAGUGAACUCCAACCGCCUGGUGGCAUGUAUUACCACUCUGUAUUUGUUCAGUAAGAUCAGGGCACAGCUUAUGGUGAAACAUGCAAUGACCAUGCAGCCAUACCUCACCACCAAGUGCAACACUCAGAGUGAUUUCCUUGUCAUCUGUAAUGUUGCAAAGAUUUUGGAGCUGGUAGUACCAUUGAUGGAGCAUCCCAGUGAAACAUUCCUUGCUACUAUUGAGGAAGAUCUCAUGAAACUCAUCAUUAAAUAUGGCAUGACAGUGGUGCAACAUUGUGUGAGUUGUCUUGGGGCGGUUGUUAAUAAAGUGACACACAACUACAAGUUUGUGUGGGCAUGCUUCAACAGAUAUUAUGGUGCCAUAACCAAGCUAAAAACACAGAACCAAGAAGAUCCAAACAGCACAGUCCUUGCUGCCAAUAAACCUGCACUCCUGCGCUCACUCUUCACUGUUGGUGCUCUGUGUCGACAUUUCGACUUUGAUCAAGAAGAGUUCAAAGGCAACACCAAGGUUGUCAUAAAAGAAAAGGUACUUGAACUGCUGCUUUAUUUUACCAAGCAUGCAGAUGAGGAGGUGCAGACGAAGGCCAUCAUUGGUUUAGGGUUUUCUUUUAUUCAGCACCCUAGUUUGAUGUUUGAGCAGGAUGUAAAGACUCUAUAUAAUGGUAUCCUGUCAGAGAAGAACGGUUCUGUGAAUUUGAAAAUCCAGGUGCUGAAGAACCUUCAAACUUACCUGCAGGAGGAGGACACCCGCAUGCAGGCGGCUGACCGAGAAUGGAAGAAAUUGUCAAAGCAAGAGGAUCUGAAAGAAAUGGGUGAUAUUUCCUCAGGCAUGAGCAGUUCCAUAAUGCAGCUCUACCUCAAACAGGUUCUCGAGGCUUUCUUCCACACACAGUCCAACGUCCGCCACUUCGCUCUAAAUGUUAUUGCCCUGACACUAAACCAAGGUCUCAUUCACCCAGUACAGUGUGUGCCAUACCUGAUAGCCAUGGGUACAGAUCCUGAACCUACCAUGAGGAACAAAUCUGACCAGCAGUUGAUUGAAAUUGAUAAGAAAUACACAGGUUUCAUUCAUAUGAAAGCUGUGGCUGGGAUAAAGAUGUCAUACCAGGUACAACAGGCAAUCUGGGCAGCCCACAACACAAUAAUAAGGGGAUUCAGACAGGAUGAGCAAAAUACUGCCUUGUGUUCCCACCUUUUCACCAUGGUCCGUGGAAACCGCCAGCAUAGACGAGCAUUUCUUAUUUCUCUGCUCAACCUCUUUGAUGACAGUGCAAAAACUGACGUGAACAUGCUGUUGUACAUAGCGGACAAUCUAGCCUGCUUCCCAUUCCAGACGCAGGAGGAGCCCCUUUUCGUAAUGCAUCACAUUGACAUCACGCUUUCUGUCUCGGGCAGUAACCUACUGCAGUCCUUUAGAGAGUCCCUUUUGAAGGAAGCCAAACCAAAAGAGCAAAAGUACUGCUCAGAGGAAGAGGAGGAGGAUGAGGAGCAAACCAGCGACAGUGACGAUGAGGCAAUGAGACGACCCAGGAAGUCCUGUCGGCGUGUCGACUCAGACUCAGAAUCAGAUUCUGACACAGAGAAUGAGGACAAGGUGAUGAGGAGGUUACCGGACAAUCCCACACCGCUCAUCGAAUUUGCCAAUGCUUCCCAAGGAAUCCUCCUUCUGCUGGUCCUAAAGCAGCAUCUAAAGAAUCUCUAUGGAUUUUCUGACAGUAAAAUCCAGAAGUACUCUCCAACUGAAUCAGCGAAAGUGUAUGACAAAGCUGUAAACAGGAAGUCUUCAGUGCAUUUUAACCCUCGACAGACGAUGGAGUUUCUUUUGAAUGAUAUGGCUAAUGCAACAUUAACAAAUGAGGUUAAGAGGAAGAUUGUCAGACAGUAUCUUGAUUUCAAAUUACUAAUGGAGCACUUGGAUCCUGACGAAGAGGAUGAGGAGGGUGAGGCUAGUGCAAAUGCCCGAAACAAGGCUAUCAACGCGCUGCUGGGUGGAGCCAGUCCAAAAAACAACGCUGCUGACACUGAGGAUGAUGAGAGCGAUGGAGAUGAAAAAGGAGGUGCCUCCGGGUCAAGAAAGUCCAGAAGGGGAGGAGAGUCAGCAGAAGUUGCAGGCCACUUGAAUGAAACUGUGGAAGCCAUGGAUGUUAUUGCUAUCUGCUGCCCUAAGUACAAGGACAGGCCACAGAUCGCCAGAGUUAUACAGAAGACCAGCAACGGUUACAGUGUUCAUUGGAUGGCAGGCUCUUAUAGUGGAGUCUGGGCUGAGGCUAAGAAACGGGAUGGACGCAAACUGGUGCCUUGGGUAGACACUGUAAAAGAGUCGGACAUCAUUUACAAGAAAAUUGCUCUGACGAGCGCACAUAAGCUGACUAAUAAAGUUGUUCAGACUUUACGAUCGCUGUAUAAUGCGAAGGAUGGAACUUCCAGCUAAUGAACUUGUAAUUGCAGCCAAAUUCACAGGGACUGAAAAAAAAAAAAACUUGAAAAUGCAACAUUCUGGCAAAAAAUAUUAAGUUUGGUCUGUGAAGAAGUGCAAAGAUACGGAUCCAGGACACUGAAAAUAACAAACAAAAAAACCCCAGAAGGAAAUGUUUGAAAAACAUUUUGUGGGAGCUUCCUUCGCUGUUGUGCAGCAGAAACUUCUCAUUUGAUUUCUACUCCCACUGUAUUAUAGUUUAACAAAAAAAUGUUUAUAUCUCGAAAAAAAAAAAUCUGUUUAAAAAAAUAAAUAAACUUAAAGUGAAUGUUGGAAAUUUAGUCUGUUAAUGUUCUUAAUAAAGUGUUCUUGGAGUUUAACCUAGCGACGGAUGGCUUUCUUUAGCUUAGCUCAGUUUCCAGGGAAGCGUUUUUUUCCCAUGCUGUAAAAUGGCAGAAUCUCCUGGAUAUAAUUUAUUCUGUUGAAAAAGAAGCAUGCAGUAUCUGUGGCCUAUCUGCAGGAGGAGUUUUUGUAAAUGUAGAUUUUGAUGUAUUAGGUCACCCUGGUAAUAAGAGAAAAGGGAUCCCCAGCAAAACUGGUGGAACAAAUACUGCAAUAAAUUUUUUUACUUCUCUUUGUUA